ACUUCCGGGUUAAAUGACUGUUACAGGCGCAAUGACAUUGUACCAAACAUUAAAUACGUCUGGCUGCAGUGCGGUUUCCACGUUGUUAAAAUACAUGCUUUGAAGGGCCAAUAAGUGCUGGCCGUGCCGUCAACAUGUCUUCUAGUCCGCCAGGGUUUAUGGAGGAGCGGCAGCGCAACACAGCGCAGCAGGUGCCUCUGGGUGUAGACUACAUCCCCACAGAGGAGGAGAAGAGAGUGUUGAGAGAGUGCAACCAUGAGAGCUUCUUUUAUAGAUCGGUGCCCUUCUCUGUGGUCAGCAUGGCGAUCACUCAAGCCCUAGUUGCCAGAGGGGCUCUGUCUCCAUCUCCAAGGUUUGGGUCUCUACCUAAAGUGGCCUUCGCUGGCUUCUGUGGCUACCUGGCAGGAAAACUGUCAUACAUGAAAACAUGCCAGGAAAAGUUCAAGAAGCUGGAGAACUCCCCUCUGGGAGAAAUCCUGAGACAGAAAGCAGGGAUGCCUCAGCAUUACUCCGGUGGUGCUCAGUCAGAGCUCAGCGACCCAAACAGCCAAUCGUUUGACACCAUGUUCCAACCUGCAGAUGCACCAGGCGCAGCAUCCAGCCAGACCAGAGAUCAUGGAUAUGAAUUCAGCCCUGAUCCCCCUGUGCAAAUGGGUCGAGCAGAUGACUUCAGUGCUCCAGUACAGUCGUAUAUGGAUGAAGACGAGGAGCCUCGAAAGAAACCCAUCCUCUAUGAGGACCUGAGGCUCAAAAACAGGGAGAACUACGAGGUGACGCUCAUUCAGAAGGCUGACAGGAUGCUCAAAGCGCCGACAGAGAAGGACACUGAGAGAGGCAACACACAGGUGAAGAAGAACAUCUAUGGAGACACCUGGGAAGAAUGAGUCUUUCUUUGGAUGGAUCAUGACACCACUGAUGACAGUGGGACAUAGGGCGCCCAGUCCUUUCUGGUUUCCUGUGUUUUUGAUUGGGUUUGUGAUAAAUGUGACAUUGCAAGUGUGAAUAAAACCAAACUGGUUGAUGACUUUGACACAGA